AUGAAUGAAAUAACUUUUGUUUGUGAUCGUGGUAGUAAUCUAUUAAAAGCAUUAGAAGAUUAUCAAGUGGUUCAUUGUUUUCCUCAUAGACUGAAUAAUAUCUUAAAACGAACAUUUUAUAGUGCAGGUACUAAAGAAAAAAAACAGAGAAAACAAAAAAAAGAAUCAUUGAAAAAGAAUCGAAAUGAUGAUCAACCCAAUUGGAAUAAUUCGAAUGAUGAUAAUAAUGACUCUCUUAUGUAUUAUGAUGAUAGAGAUUCAAGUGAAAGUGAAUCUGAUGAUGAUAUUGUUCUUGAUGAAAAAUUUGUUGAAUUAGCUUUGAGAAGUUUAUCAUCAUCACCACCAGAACGUGAUCAUGUUAAUGUAUUAGAAAAAAAUCUACCACCUUAUGCUGCUCAAAUACUAGCAACAAUAGUUCGUUGUAAACAGUUAUGUUGUUAUGUUAAAAGGGUUAAUUGGAAUCCUAUGCUAGAAGCGUUAAAAAGACCAACGAUCAAACAAGAAAUAAUUGUUCGAUGGCUCACUAUGUCACAAUUGCUUGAAAGUAUUCUGUCGUCAUAUUCAGCUUUAACAAGUAUUGCAAGUGAGAAGGGUACCCUUCAUACUCUUCCUACAAUUGAUGUAUCAACUGUAGUUACUAUUAAUGGUUUAUUCUUACCUUGGAAAGAGGUGAUUGAACGUUUACAAGCAACUAAUACACCAUCUCUCCACCUUGUAGUUACAUCGUACUGGUAUCUUCUUGAAAGUGUUGUCUUUUUUAAAAGACGUGCACGACAAUUAUUAAAAGCAAUGUUCUCCUUGCACGAUCUGCAUUGGAUCGCUGCAGUACUUAAUCCACAUACAAGAAUGCUCAAACAUGCUACUGAUGUUGAACGUGCACAUGCAUAUUGUCUAGUGAGAGCUAGAUUAGUUAAAUUUAUGGAAGUAGCACAAAUUGAUAAUAAUGAAGAAGUACUCUCUUCAACAGCUAAUAGUUUAACACCACCACCUCGCAAAAAGUUCAAGUCCUACACAACACAAUUUCAUGAUGAUACAGAUUUAGGUGAAACAAGUAGUAAUAUGACAAAUGCAAAACGUGCUCGUCAUGAAUUGGAAAUCCAUUUACAACUGAAUUUAACUAAUUGUAAAUAUUUAAAUGAUGAUAUUGAUAAUCCACUAUUGUUCUGGAAAGAACAAGAACAUGUACUACCCAAUAUGUCAAGAUUAGCAAAACAGGUUUUUUCUAUCCCGGCAUCUUCAGCUGCAGUUGAACGAGCAUUUAGUUCAGCUGGUGUUAUCAUAUCACAGAGAAGAACCAAUAUCAAUCCAUCUACAGUCAAUGAUAUUAUACUUGUUCGAUCGGCUGCAGAUUAUUUGAAGACCCACAUAUAG